AAAACAUAUCACCUUUUCUUCAUCUUGCUUGCCUUUAUCUUCAUUAAUAUUCCAAAACUUGCGGUCCCCAACGGAAGCAAACAUAAUCACAGGGAGACAGAGACAUGGGUUGCUGUUUCCGGGGCUCAAGAACUCAGCCUCCCAUGGCGACCUCGUUUCAAGAAUACUCAUCAGGACCACCACCACAACCCAGAAAUCUCCGGCAAGAAGUUCUGUUCGAAUUCCCAGGAUGCAGAGUUCAUCUCAUGGACGACGGCGAAGCCAUCGAACUGGCACAAGGCCACUUCGAGAUCGUCAGAGUCGUCGACGAUAACGAGUCACUGGCCACAAUCGUAAGAAUCGUCGGCGGCGACCUUCAAUGGCCGUUGACGAAGGACGAGCCGGUGGUGAAGCUCACUGCGGUGAACUACCUCUUCUCGCUGGCCGUAAAAGACGGCGAGCCUCUGAGCUAUGGCGUGACGUUCUCAGAACAGAGUAUUGGGAACUUGGGGUAUUUGGAUUCGUUCUUGAAGGACCAUGCUUGCUUCUCCGGACUGAAAUCGAGCAGUAGGAAGAAUGAUAUUGAUUGGAAGGAGUUUGCUCCGAGGGUUGAUGAUUAUAACCAUUUUCUGGCAAAGGCAAUCGCCGGCGGUACUGGUCAAAUUGUGAGAGGUAUCUUCAUGUGUAGCAAUGCCUAUACCAACCAGAUCCAGAAAGGAGGAGAAACAAUCCUAAAAAGUGGCGCUGAACAGAACAACAAUGGUUUCAUGCGCAGAGAUAGUAGGGGCUACACUAGUUCUGGUUCCACGAACAAGAACCAAGUGAACCAGAAUCUUAAACGGGUGAGGAAUGUGUCGAAGAUGACAGAGAAGUUAAGCAAGUCAUUGGUGAAUGGAGUUGGAAUAGUGAGUGGAUCAGUGAUGGGACCCGUUGUGAGAUCAAAACCAGGACAGGCUUUCUUGAAGAUGCUUCCUGGGGAGGUGCUCUUGGCUUCUCUUGAUGCAGUCAACAAGGUUCUUGAUGCAGCUGAAGCUGCUGAGAAACAGACACUUACUGCAACCUCCCACGCUGUAACUAGAAGCGUCACCAACAGGUUUGGAGAAAAUGCAGGGGAAGCUACAGAGCAUGUGCUUGCAACUGCAGGACAUGCUGCUAACACUGCAUGGAACGUUUUUAAGAUACGAAAGGCCAUAAAUCCAGCUUCUUCUGUUAAAACUGGCGUGCUUAAAAAUGCAGCCAAGAACGCGUCUCUCAAAUACUGAUCAUCCCAAAUUUGGUGAAUUUAGUAACAAGAAACUGUAUUAUUCAUUUCUAGUUCUCUUCUCCCAUAAAGUAAUGGGAAGCCCUCUCAUGUUAUUUUUGUUGGAGAAACUGGUUGAUGAAUAUCUUGUUUGGUUCUGUGAAUGUCAUGGUUUGCUUUAUAUA